AGGGAUUCCGACCGAUUCUUCCUUCCAUCGAUUCCGUCCAGUGAUCCGCAGAUCCGCCGAUGCGCCCGCUUCUGCUGGCGCCGCCCGUCUAGGCACGGCCGCUUGUAUGGAAACACGCAGCCGCAAGCGCGCCGCCGCCUCCUCCUCGUCGGCCUCCAAGCGCGCGCGCCCGACCCCUACCGCCGCUCCCCGCACCCGCCGUUCAGCCCCAGCGUCAGCGAUACCCAUGGACCCGUCCCCGUCCUCCCGCCGCCGCGCCCGCGCCGCCGCCGCCGCCGCCGACAAGGGAAAGGACCCGACGGACCCGACCUCCACCUCCGCCCCGCACCACCACGACGUCUCCGACGACGACUCCGACGCCCUCCCGGCCCCCUUCCCGCCCUCCUUCACCUCCGCCAGCACGGCCCUCCAGGGCCUGCUCCGCCGCCUUGGCGCGGGCCUCGACGACCUCCUGCCCGGCUCCGCCGCCGCCGCCGCCGCCGCCUCCUCCUCCGGCACCUCCGCCCAGCUCAAGAGGAUCCUCGCCGGCCUGCAGGACUCCUCCAACUCCUCGCUCCAGCUCUCCUGCCUCAUGCAGCUCUGCGAGAUGCUCUCCAUCGGAACCGAGGACUCCCUCGCCACCUUCCCCGUCGACGCAUUCGUGCCGCUCCUCGUCGGCCUGCUGGGGCGCCCCGACCACGACGACGACGACGACGCAGGGGCCAGCCCCGAUGUCAUGCUGCUGGCAGCGCGAGCGCUGGCAAACCUAGUGGAUGUCCUACCGUCGGCGUGCUCAUCCGUAGUGCACUAUGGGGCCAUACCCUGCUUCUGCGCACGACUGCUCACCAUCGAGUACAUGGACCUAGCUGAGCAGUCUCUGCAAGCUCUUAGGAAGAUCUCCCUGGAGCAUCCUACUGCCUGUUUGAGAGCUGGUGCACUAAUGGCUGUCCUCUCCUAUCUUGAUUUCUUCUCAACUGGUGUUCAGAGGGUAGCAUUGUCUACUGCUGCUAAUAUCUGCAGGAAGCUGCCAUCCGAUGCGUCCGACUUUGUCAUGGAAGCCGUGCCGUUGCUCACUAAUCUCCUACACCACCACGACUCUAAGGUACUAGAGCAUGCUUCUGUUUGUUUAACACGCAUUGCCGAGGCUUUUGCUCACUAUCCACACAAACUGGAUGAGUUGUGCAAUCAUGGGCUGGUCGCUCAAGCAGCUACUUUGGUUUCCAUCAGCAACUCCGCAGGCCAGACAUCCUUGAGUACAUCCACAUAUACGGGUUUAAUCCGUCUUCUCUCAACAUGUGCAAGUGGGUCGUUGUUGGCAGCCAAAACACUCCUUCUGCUUGGUAUUAGUGGCACUAUUAAAGAUAUUCUUUCAGGGUCUGGUUUGGUUGCUGGAACAUCUGUUGCCCCAGCUUUGUCAAGGCCUGCUGAUCAGAUGUUUGAGAUCGUGAGCCUUGCUGAUGAUUUACUCCCGCAUUUGCCUGUGGGGAUAAUUACUUUGCCAACACAUUGCCGUGUAUUUGCUAAAGGCUCUUCUACAAGGAAACCUGCCACAGCCAAACAUGAUGGGGCUGGUUCAACAGAAAAUGAAAGGUCAGGUCAUGAGAGUCUAUUGCGUGAGCACCCUGAACUUCUACAACAGUUUGGUAUGGACUUAUUGCCCGUAAUGACACAGGUGUAUGGUUCAAGCGUAAAUGCACCAAUACGUCAUAAGUGCUUAUCUAUCAUUGGGAAAUUAAUGUGCUAUAGCUCCGCUGAAAUGAUCCAGGCGCUCCUUGGCACGACAAACAUAUCCAGCUUCCUAGCAGGCAUUCUUGCUUGGAAAGAUCCACAGGUGCUGAUCCCUGCUCUUCAGAUAGCAGAAAUUAUGAUGGAGAAACUCCCGGAGACAUUCUCCAAGUUAUUUGUGAGGGAAGGUGUUGUUCAUGCUGUGGAGGCACUUAUAUGUCCGGAAUCCGCAAAUACAGUGCCUCCUCAAGUACCAUCACAAGAUAAGGAUGGCGAUUCUGUUAUGUCGUCACGCCCUAGACGACAACGCCGACGUGGGGUUGCUGCAGCAACAGAAAGCAGUUUGUUAGAUGCAUCAAACGCUGCUAGUACCUCACCAUGCUCGGCAGAAGCUCCAGUCACGAGUCUCCGUUUUGAAGUAAGCGACCGUGCGAAGGCAUUCAAAGAAAAAUACUUCCCUUCUGACCAUGGUUCCAGCGAUGCUGGAGUCACCGACGACCUUCUUAAACUAAGAGCACUCUGCGCAAAGUUGAAUUCUGCAACUGAAAAUGUCGUAACGAAAGCAAAAGGGAAAUCGAAGGCCUCGAGUGCUAGUUAUUUUGACAUUUCGCAUGAUGCGGAGGAACAACUAGACCUGAUAGUAACUGAAAUGCUCUCCGAGCUGAGCAAAGCUAAUGGUGUUUCCACAUUUGAGUUCGUCAGGAGCGGAGUUGUGGCUGCGUUUCUCAACUAUCUGUCAUGCGGGACAUUUGGGAAAGAAAGGGUGUCUGAAGCUAACCUACCAAAGCUUCGCCAGCAGGCGCUUAGGCGAUACAAGUUGUUCAUAUCCGUUGCCCUUUCUGUUGACCAUGGAAGGAGUGAAACUCCGUUGGCACUUUUGGUCCAAAAACUGCAAAGCGCUUUGUGUUCAUUGGAACGUUUCCCUGUUGUCCUCAGCCAGUCUAGCAGAAUUGGUACUGGAGGCUCUCGUCUAACCUCAGGUCUUGGUGCUCUGGCUCAACCCUUCAAGUUGCGCCUGUGUCGAGCUCAAGGCGAAAAAUCACUCCGAGAUUAUUCAUCAAAUAUUGUACUUAUUGAUCCCUUUGCAAGUCUAGCAGCUGUUGAAGAAUUCCUUUGGCCGAGAGUUCAGCGCAGUGAGGCUGCUUCGAAACCUAUAGUUGUUUGUGCAAAUAAUUCUGAAUCUGGUGCACCUGGAGCUACUGAUGGUGCAUCAACACCUGCAUCAGCUCAGUCUGUCCGGCGUCCAACGACAAGAUCAAAGUCAUCUGCUGCAUGUAGUGGUACAUCUAAUAAAGAGACUCUGGAGGAAAGCACUAGUGCUGCUAAAGGAAAAGGCAAAGCUGUUGUCAAACCGAGCUCAGCUGAACCGAAGGGACCCAACACAAGGAAUUCUACCCGCAGAAAAGCUGCUUCAGAGAAAGAUUUGGACAUGAAGCAAACACAUGGUGACAGUAGUUCUGAGGAUGAGGAGCUGGACACAUCUCAUAUUGAGCUUGACGAUGCUUUAAUGAUUGACGAUGAUGAUGACAUUUCCGAGGAUGAAGAUGAUGAUCAUGAGGUUCUCCAAGAGGGUUCUCUUCCUAUUUGCGUUGAAGAUGGGGUGCAUGAUGUGAAACUGGGUGACGCUGAUGUCUCUAAUGUUGGUUCUGCAAGUGAUAGCCAGGCACAGCUGUCAUCCGGUUCCAGUGCUCGAAACAUUAUCAGUAGGGGAGCAAAUGCCGCUGAAUUUCGAAGUGCAAGUGCCUUUGGAUCUCAAGGUGCGAUGUCAUUUGUUGCUGCGACAAUGGCUGGGCUUACUUCUGCUGGUGGUCGUGGUGUUAGAGGUAGUCGUGAUCGGCGUGGCUUGUCACUUGGAGGUAGCAUAAAUGAGCGCAACAAACUGGUAUUCAUGGCUGGUGGGAAGCAGCUUAGCAAAAAUUUGACUGUAUAUCAAGCCAUCCAGCGUCAACUGAUGCUUGAUGAGGACGAUGAAGAAAGGUUUAAUGGAUCCGACUUACCGAAUGAUGGGAACCGCUUCUGGGGUGACGUGUUUACAAUCACUUACCAGAAGGCUGAUGGCCAACCUGAGAAGGGGCCCCAGGGUGGUUCCACCUCAUUGCACGCAAAAUCAGAAUCUUACAGAUCUACUUCUGAAGCACACAAGCUUUCCCUUCUCGAUAGCAUCUUACAAGGAGAACUUCCAUGUGAUUUGGAGAAAACAAACUCAACUUACAACAUUCUAGCACUCUUACGUGUACUAGAGGGGCUGAAUCAGUUAUCCCCUCGUUUAAGAGCGCUGGCAGCAUCCGAUGAGUUUGCCGAGGGGAAGAUUGCUACCCUGGAUGAGCUAUAUGAAACUGGAACCAAGGUACCCUCGGAAGAGUUUGUCAAUAGCAAGCUGACGCCGAAGCUUGCUCGGCAGAUGCAGGAUGUCCUUGCACUCUGCAGCGGCAGUUUACCUUCUUGGUGUUAUCAGAUGGCGAAAGCCUGUCCCUUCCUGUUUCCUUUUGAAACGAGGAGGCAGUAUUUCCACUCCACAGCUUUUGGCUUGUCCCGGGCGUUGAAUCGGCUUCAGCAACAACAGGGUGAUAACCAGAACUCUGGUAGCGAAAGAGAGGUCCGGUUUGGCAGGUUGCAACGCCAGAAAGUCCGUGUUUCCCGUAACCGUAUUCUGGAUUCUGCUGCAAAAGUUAUGGAGAUGUUCUCAAGUCAGAGAGCGGUUCUUGAGGUGGAGUACUUUGGUGAGGUUGGGACAGGACUGGGUCCUACUUUGGAGUUUUACACACUCUUGGGCCAUGAACUACAAAGUGCUCGGUUGGGAUUAUGGAGAUCAAGUUCACCUUCCGAUUCAGAAAUGGAAAUCGAUAGAAACGGUGUGAUCCAUCUGGAUUCUUCUGAUGAUGAUUUUCCUGCAAAAGAACUCAGCUCUGAUGAAGGCAGGCAACUGAUACAAGCUCCUCUUGGAUUAUUUCCUCGACCUUGGCCAUCUAAUGUUGAUGUCUCAGAGGGUAGCAGAUUAUUCAAAGUCAUCGAGUAUUUCCGCUUGGUUGGUCGAGUUGUGGCAAAAGUCUUGCAAGAUGGAAGGCUUUUGGAUUUGCCUUUAUCCACAGCUUUUUAUAAGCUCGCACUUGGACAAGAGCUUGAUUUGUUUGACAUCAUCUCGUUUGAUGCCGAGCUUGGAAAGACACUGCAAGAACUGCAAGUUCUUGUUGAGCGUAAGAGGUUCCUUGAAUCCACGUCUGGCAAGAAUCAGCUGGAAGCUGAAGACUUGCGUUUCCGUGGAGCUCGUAUCGAAGACCUGUGUUUAGAUUUUACCCUUCCAGGCUAUCCUGAUUAUGUUCUUAAAGAAGGCGAGCAAAACACAAUUGUUAAUAUCCACAACCUGGAAGAGUAUGUUGAUUUAGUAGUUAAUGCAACGGUGAAGUCAGGGAUAAUGAAGCAGGUAGAAGCUUUCAGAUCAGGAUUUAGCCAGGUCUUUGAUAUAUCAUCCCUCCAAAUAUUUUCACCUCAAGAGCUUGACUAUCUAAUAUGCGGUCGUCAAGAAAUUUGGGAGCCGGAAUCACUGGUGGAUAACAUAAAGUUUGAUCAUGGGUAUACUGCUAAAAGUCCUGCAAUCUUAAAUCUACUUGAGAUCAUGGCGGAAUUUACCCCUGAUCAGCAGCAUGCGUUCUGCCAGUUUGUAACUGGUGCUUCUCGGCUUCCAACUGGUGGCUUAGCUGCCCUUAGUCCCAAGCUUACUAUAGUUCGAAAGCACCCCUCGAGUGGCGUCAGUACCACAAAUACAACCGGGAUCACAGAUGCUGCAGAUGAUGAUUUGCCCAGUGUCAUGACGUGUGCCAAUUAUCUUAAACUACCCCCGUAUUCCACAAAAGAAGUUAUGCACAAGAAGCUGCUCUACGCCAUCCUAGAAGGCCGCGGAUCUUUUGAUCUAUCGUGAUCUCAUAAAACUAACAUACAGGCCAUCCGCCAUUGGAUGCCCAUCAAUUUUAUUCAGAACUAGUCUCUUCGUUGUCUGUAAUAACAUAGUUUGAGGUUACCCAGCUGCUCCGCAGAAAGCUUGGAAGUUGAUUAUGCUAAACAGGCGAGCCUUGAGCAAGGCCGACAAGUGUCAGGAGCACCUUUUCCAGUACAUUGUAAAUAAAAGGAGUAUAUAUUUGUCGCAAGGAUUUAUUCCUUGUGUCCUAUCUGUAGAUUGAGAAUGUUGUGUCUGUGUUAGACAAUGUGUACAUGUGUAAACCAGUAAUAAAUGCGCUCUAGUGUAUUUGUGAUUU